AUGGUUCAGCUUCAGUACUGCCCUUCUGUCAACCGGAAGGAAUUCUGCAACAAAUACUAUCUGGCCACUCAUCGUGCAGCAAAACACGGGCAUCCGACGAAUAGCAACACCAGCCAUAUGCUUUCCUCUCAGUCGGGUGUGGAUCUCUCAGCUUUGGGCCGUUCGGCCGAUUCAGGACCGAGCAUGGAUAUACAACAGCUGAUGAUGGGGCUGGAUCAGUCUGCACUGUCUGGAAACAACGCGCUUCGUAGUCUCUACCUCAGCCAGAUGGGCAUGGGCGGUGGAAGUCCAUCACCGUCAAGCUUGCCGUCAUCAGGAUCGGCAUCUAUUACGGGAGGAACUCAGGAUGUUGGGCCGGAACCGUCACCGAAGGCGGUCACCCCCACUUCACAAGCAGACACUAAUACCUCAGGACUACCUAGCUGGUUCUCCGGACUUCUUCCGCCGCAGAUGCAGCAGCAGGGAAUGCCCGGCAAUAUGAAUGCUCUUUUGGAACAGAUGCAAGCGAUGCAGAAUCUACAGCUUCUUGGUGGUAACCUUGGUGGAAAUAUGGGAGCUAUCGCAGCCGCCUUGGCUCAGAAUCCCACCGCAGCCGCCGCGUUCCUUGCCACCACGCCGAGCAAG